CCUUUGCCGGGUUCUCCUCUGUCUCCUUCCCGGCGAAGUCUGCCCAUAAUUCGAAGAUGCAGGAGCGUAUAAAGCCCGAUCAAGAAGCUCCUCUCUCGCAGCUUCUGCUGCACGAGUCGAUCGCUGACUCCCUGCUGAAACCGUCUCGCUAGCUUCGCCUUCUCAUCGAACCCCCAACUUGGCAGCUCGCUCUGGAACAAGAAUCAUGGCGGCGGCGUCUUCCAUUCAGCUCGCGAGGAUCGGCAUGCUGGGCUCGGGCACUCGGGCACGGAGGUUUUCGCGUCUUUCGCGGCUCGAUGCUGCGGACUGGCGUCGAAACUCGGUUCGGUGCGCUCCUCGUCGCUCGAGGGACGAGCGUCUGGUCGCGGACGUGCGAUUGAGGACGCGAGCCAUGGUCCGCGAGCGUGAAGACAGCCCGAUUGCCGGUGAUUCUGCGGACGCUCCCGAGGACAAGCAGGUUGCAGACCUGCCUAUCAAGCUUCCGGAGCGUGACUUUGCUGGUACACCAUAUGUUCCUGUCUACGUGAUGCUGCCACUGGGUGUUGUGAACUUGGAAUGCGAAUUAGUUGAUCCUGAAGGUCUGCUGGAGCAGUUAAAGAUAUUGAAGUCAGUUAAUGUUGAUGGUGUCAUGAUUGACUGUUGGUGGGGAAUAGUCGAGGCAGAUGCUCCACAAGCAUAUAAUUGGAGAGGCUACAAGAAGCUGUUCCAGAUGGUGCGUGACCUCAAGCUUAAGUUACAGGUCGUUAUGUCGUUCCACGAAUGUGGAGGCAAUAUUGGUGAUGAUGUACAUAUUCCACUGCCGUGCUGGUUGAUGGAAAUUGGCCAGAAGAACCCCGAUAUCUAUUUUACCGACAGAGAAGGGAGACACAAUACGGAAUGCCUCACAUGGGGAAUUGAUAAGGAAAGAGUUUUGAGAGGCCGUACUGCUGUUGAGGUUUUUUUUGACUAUAUGAGGAGCUUUCGUGUGGAAUUCAAUGCAUUCUUUGAGGAUGGAAUCAUCUCAGAGAUUGAAAUUGGACUAGGCCCAUGUGGGGAGCUACGGUAUCCUUCUUAUCCAGCCAAGCAUGGUUGGGAAUAUCCUGGCAUUGGUGAAUUUCAGUGUUAUGAUCGGUACUUGAUGAAGAGUUUGAAAAAGGCAGCAGAAGUGAGGGGACACUCCUUUUGGGGUAGAGCACCAGAUAAUGCGGGUUGUUAUAAUUCUCGGCCACAUGAGACUGGCUUUUUUCGUGACGGAGGUGAAUACGACAGUUACUACGGGAGAUUCUUUCUCAAUUGGUAUUCUCAGAUUUUAAUAGAUCAUGGAGAUCGUGUGCUAGCUUUAGCCAAUUUGGCUUUCGAAGGAUGUUGCAUAGCUGCGAAAUUAUCUGGAAUUCAUUGGUGGUACAAGACAGCCAGCCAUGCUGCUGAAUUGACUGCUGGGUUCUACAACCCAUGCAAUCGCGAUGGUUAUGCUGCCACUGCAUUAAUGUUAAAGAAGCACGAGACAGCAAUGAACUUUACAUGUGUUGAAUUGCGCACAUUGGAUCAAUAUGAGGACUUUCCAGAGGCGAUGGCAGAUCCGGAGGGAUUAGUUUGGCAGGUGUUGAAUGCUGCGUGGGAUGCGCAAAUACCUGUCGCAAGUGAGAAUGCCUUACCUUGCUAUGACAGAGAAGGCUACAACAAAAUACUAGAGAACGCAAAGCCUCGUGAUGAUCCCGAUGGACGACAUUUAUCUGCUUUUACAUAUCUCAGGCUCAGCCCAACUCUGACCGAGGGAAAUAACUUGGUGGAGUUUGAGCGCUUUGUUAAGAGAAUGCACGGUGAGACCGUUCUUGAUAAACUUACAAGAGAUAGUAAUCAUUUGUAGUUUAUAUACAAGGCCUAUCUGGGAUAGUCUGAGCAAAUUGUCAGCAUUCUUUUCCACAGGGCACAAAACACGUCGAUGGUGGAAAAACAUGCUCGCAGAUUUUCGGAACGGGUUAAGAAGCAGUUAAUACUGUAGAGAGUUAAGAAAUAUGGUCAUUCUUGGAUUAUGCACUAAGCGUCGAUUUAGUUUGAUGCUCGGAUAUGAUAACAGUUGAUGUAUAGAAAAUCAUGUAGAGCUCCAUGUAAUAACAAGAAUUAUCCAAAUCAAGAAAGCUAAGCAAGUUUUUUGGAGUCU